AUGUCUCGUGCCCUCCAAAGCGCAUGGGGACAAGGCGUUUCACGACUAAGCACGUUCCUCACGAGCCAUGCCGUUAGGAUUAGCAAAGCAGACAGGAAGUUGGAGGCUGGGUCCGGCUGCUUCCCAAUAUAUUUCGUUGCCCCGUCCCAGAAGUGCGAAGAUGACCAGCUUACACACCAAAUACUCCCGGGAAUUGUUCUUCCCGUAGCCUUUGACAUCUUCGCAAAUCAGUGGCGCAGUUUUACUGGCAGCGCGAUAGCAACAGUCUGCCUCGACGGCCAGAUCUUUUACACCCCCUCUAUAGCAGCGGGCUCCGAGCCAGCGAGUCGCCGCCUUCUGGUUCGGAAGAGAGAUCCCUCUGCAGCUAUUCUUGAGGCUCCCUUACAUCCGCCGCUGCCGCAGGAUGCACACGAUGCUCGACGUGGUGGUACCGGGGAUUCAGUGGACGAUGCAGUCCUAAUCAGCGAUGGCGAGUCCGAUUGUGGCGAUUCCGACGACGGCCGGUCCGAUACUACUUUCCCGCCACUAGAGGAGCUUCCGGCUGCUCUGCGCUACAACGCUCAAUCCAACUACGCCGCUGGCACUGAUAAGGAUGUUAACGCUACUCCCGGUGCCACUGGCGAUAGCGACACCAGGGAGCCUUUGGUCUCCGGUGGAGCCAACUCGGACUAUAAAUUGGUGUCAGCCUAG